CUUUGAGUAGACUGUCCAGAUCCCUUACGAAAUCAUUUUGCCCAAGUUUACGCCGAGUUGGAGAGAUGGCCCCCACUAGGCUGUCCAAAAAAAGAGAAGGUGCCGACAAAAUCAUCUGCUUGCAGUAUGUAAGAGCGCAUUUUCCACGCUACCCACGCCGAGCAGUCUUCGCGCUGAGGAUAGGUUGCAGCGCUGUCUUGCGCCCAGCUUCUGCAGCUUAUGUCCUUUACAUGGGCGUCUGCGAUUUCCUGUUAACUUGCAGGGUCGAAAUAGCAAUGUUUACACAAAUUUUGACCGGUCUGCUUGCAUCUGUGUUCCGCGCGGGCGUACGAUAUAAGACGCAGAAACUCUUGAUCUGGAAGACGACAACGAGGCGAAUCAUGAGCCGAUCAACUCACCGUCGAAACGGGAUGCCGCGAGGCUGAUUCCGCUUCCGAAAGGAUUCGUAAAAGGCCUUUAUGAGGUCAUGACGGGUCAAAAAGCUGGCGGGUGUUGAGGCAGUGCAGACGCGCCCCUAGGAUAGAGAGUCAGGCGAGAGACGUGCCGA